AUGAAAACGAUUUUUUUCGGCGCGGUCGAUUUCGAUUCUUUCGUGUACAUAGUGCUAUCGCCCGACCAGCACUUACGUACGCCGCGACUAGAGGAUUUCUUCUGGACGGGCUCGGGUGAUGGGCCUCCGCCGCCAGAUGCCGCAAUUCCAGCACCUUCACCUCCUACAGCCAUCAUACAAACCACUACUGUCCUAGCCACUGUCUACUUGGACGCAUAUCCGCCACAGGCGGUGACAGACAAAACAACAGGCGACUGUGUUUUAAACUGUGGAGAAGCGGGUGUCCCGGACAGUCUAGCUCCAGAGAUACCAGAAGACCGACGCUACUGGUUGCUUACCGUUAUCCAAGGCUCAACGCCCGAUAGUCUACAACUUAGAUUGGCGAGACUGUAUCAGAAAGCCUUUUUAAGACAGCAAGAGCGACAUCUUGGAAUAAUAAAAUCUCUUGACGCACCUACACCGAGAAAGAAACAUGAAGUGCAUUCUUUUGUCGUUAAUAAAGAAAACAAAUUGAAUGAAAUCGGCAAUUAUAGCUCACAAGCGCCCGAAAAAUAUUCAGAUAUGGAUAGUUCUAUUGCGAAUGUCGACAAAUUUGAACUCAGUAGCGUCACAACCAUUGUUGAAAACUUUGCACCUUUCGCCAAGGAUUCGUCGGUUACUUAUAGUAAAGUGUUUCCGGAAAAUUUAGAUAUAUUCGAAAAUAAAACAAAGUCGUCAAUAGCACAAGCUGAAAUUGAACCUACUAAACUAAGCGAUACUGAUUCAUGGGUGUUAGUUACGCCCACUGUGUUCCUAAAAAAGAGAGAUGUGUCUCUAAUAGAUAAAGAUCUUAUCGAUAUACCUUUAGAGGAGGAUAUUAGUAAUGAAACCACACUGUUCAAAAGAGAGAUUUUAAGACCAGAGCAGCAACCACCGGUGCGUGUACAUAUCCAAAAUAUAACAGAGUCCGCAGAGACGGGCAGCGUGCAGAUCGUGUACGUGGUGCUAGUGGGGGGGCGCGCGGUGCCGGCGGCCGUGGCGGCGCGCGACAUGCGGCUGGUGCGCGACGCGGAGGUGGCGCGUGAGCUGGGCGCCGCCGUCACCACCAAGGCCGAGCCAGCGUACCUUAAGGCGGCGGAGGGACUCGAGGGGGAGGCGGAAGCGACCGGCGUCCACGGCACGGAGCUGUGGGCGCUGGCCAUAGGCUCCACCAUUGCCGUGCUUCUGUUGUUGGUGCUGUUUGCACUUCUAUGUCUGGCUCGAAGAAGGAGAUCUCAAAAAUCGGCAGCCUCGUUUCGUGCAUACCGUAACGAACUCAUGAGGGAAGUCGAACGCAGUGAAAUGAAACAAGUGCACGAUGAAAAAGACGGCAGGCUCAUAAGUGUGGUGUCGCCGAGCAGGACCAGACCUAGCAGUACUCUACUGCCCGUCUACAGAGCUGCUAGUGCAUCUAGUUCAUCCACAACGUCGUCAGGCGUGUCGGAGGUGGCGGCAGCACUGCGGCGCCGACACAAGCGACCGCACGCUCUGAAAAUAGCGCAGAAAAAGAGAGUGGGCACGACAGACAGCCUGCUGGCGUCUGCAGGGCUGGGUUCAGGCGGUUCGGACAGCGGGCAUUCGCCCACCUCCUACCUCUCCAUGCCCUCACUUGCCGCCUUCCCCAGAGGAAAUACGGUGGAACCUCUUUCACGAAUUCUGGAACCAGUUUCCGUCCGCCACCUUGAUAUCGACACGCCACCCGCCUCUCCCAAAAUCUCUCCCCCUAAACCCCAAGAAAAAGAGUCAGUGCCUCGCCGACAGAUGGCGUCGCAGCUUGUGAGGCUGGGCAGCAUCGACAAGGACCCGGGCGUUAUAGGACCUUUAGUUUGGGAUUUGCACUGUCAAAGGAUUAAGAGUGCUUCGAAAGCAUCGAGCCCAGCUCGGUCGCAAGUGCAAGAGGCGGGCUCGUCCCGCAUGAGGCAGCGCUUCAACGAGCUGAUGGACGACGCGUGCUCGCUGUUCGGCAGCGCGUCCGGCGCCUCGCACCAUACUUACACCAUGGACACGCAGCGCGGGCAGCAUGACGUAGACCGCGUGACGCAGGCGCGGAACGAACACGUGCGAGUGACCAGCUCUCCGUGCACGCGCGGCGCCGCGCACUGCGCUCGCGGACAGUCCGCCGGCGCCGGGUGA